CGGCAGAGCUUCGCCGCAGCCUCGUUGUUCGACAGGGCCUGACCGUCGUCUAUCGGCGAACCUCUAACCUUCACUGGACCCGGGGUCGGAGUGUCGACGUUCGAACUUUGUAACAUACUUUGUAUAAAGUAGGCGCGGAAUCGGAGGCUUUCGGUCCGCUCGGAGAUCGUGUGAACCGACUUUAAUCCGUUACCGCAAGGAUCUCUCGCUACUCCGAUUCGAAGGAUUAAAUUUUAACGCGUGAACCGCCUAAUGUUUCGCCUAAUCAACUACAGCGAAAUUUGGUUAUCAAUAUUUGUAUAAAAGUGUUGGCCAAUCUCGAGCGAUCUGGCAAUAACUACGCUGCAUGCUCCAAGAGACGACGUUCUGGGAUAGAACCACCUUGCAGACCACUGACUCUCUGUACCCUUCGUAUACCGAUUACAGUCAAAGCUUUUCGUUAUCUACGAAACGAAUUCGUACUUCUGAGACUCUGAAAGUGUUCCAGUGGGAAGGACAGGGUUCAAAAGGAAGAUCCUGUUCGAACUGCGAUGUAUUUACGUAAUCGUGGAAACCACCCACAGGAUUAAAAGUGCUAAUAAGCGUGCCACUUUUGUUAUUCGUUGUACUACUUUUUUUCUCUAAACGUCGGACUACGUUCAAUGGAAAAAUUUUCACCCAUCUAAGGAUAUUACGUACAGUGUGCAAGGAUAAAACGUGAAUCGUGAUGUAAUUGGAGGGUGGGUGACUGUCGCUCUUGAAAUACUUCUUUACCCUUCCGUAAACUCUUUUCGCAUCUUAAGUUUUCAGUCUCCAUCUUCAUCUCGGUUUCUCUCAGACGACUACCUAGCGUUCUCUUUCGCUCGGAUUUUUUUAUAACGCAGCCUGAUUCGCGGGGAGAAAUUAAACGGCCGAGUGGACAAGCUCCAAACAAUUUACUUUUCUCCUGGUCGAGAAAUUUUUCCGGAGAUUGCUCGGUACGGUCUUCUCCCGGGCUCCGAAGCGUAACAAACAACUGCCUGAACCCUCUCUAAUCAGCGGAGCAAAGGUCGAGCGAUUAAACUCAUUUCCGAUAAUUGCUACUGCCCUGAACUAUAUGCAAACUCUAGUCUAUUGACAGAUCUGUCGAGUUUACCACCGCCUCGUAAUCUUGAUCAGAACCACGCAAUAGCUUAGCGGGUAUGAAACUUGGAAGGUAAGCUCAAAAACCUCGGUGCCAGUUUUGGCUGUCAUUCAGCCACGAAUAUACGCGUGUCGAUGAUAAACGUGCGGAAAACGAGUCGAGGCCGUCAGUCUUGUACUUCUGUAUCCAGCAGAAGACCAGCGAACAAUAGGUACACCAGAGAACAAUACGGUACAAAAUUCCUGGCUCAGAGUAUCGUGCAAAAAUAAAAACCGAGCAGUGGAUUAAUGAGCCAUUCGCCGCAGUCUGCGCGAGUUCCUCUCUCUGGAGCUGCGCUAAAUUUUGAAAAAAAGAUCAACUGAAUGGACAAGGAACGGCACUGGGAAAGUCAGUUAAGCAGUAGCUGCGCCAAUAAUCGGGUUAGAAUCUGGUGACACAACAGAACGGAACACUUAACCACUAUCGGUUCACCUUCGAGCCGCGAUUCGGGAGAGUCCGGGACCUUCAAGCCCUGAAGAGCUGUGCUGACAGGCCGGAAAACCCCGUAAGAACCACCGAAUCGGCACCAUAGAUGUCAAGAAACCCGAAUCCUCGCGGCCCCGGUGAGUUUUCGCUGGUCGUUUAAUCGCCGAGUGUCCGUUACGAGGAAAGGGAAGCCUUUGCCGGUUCCCGGUCCUAGCGAUCGAGAAACGCCGCAGGAGUGUGACUUCGCCGAGGUGUUAUGUAUUGCCUGAGUGCGGCCUGCAGGUGCGGUGCUGGGGAUAAUGGCGGUGGAGAAAGAUGAGACUGGCAGUGGGGGUCGUCAGAGAGGGACGAAGAGGAAAGGGACGGGGGCGAGAGAGGCACCGCCAUGUCAUGGGAGUCCAUCGCGUCCAGGGAGUACCUCAGCGGUUCGGUAAGCCAUCAGCUGUCGGCCACGGCGCUCCUCGGAAGUCCGGAUGGCUCGCGGCACCCUCUUGACGUGUACGAAUUUGCCGAGGAGGAUUAUCGUCAUCACAACGGAAGCGGCCGCGGACACCAUCAGAAUGGGAGAAUCGGCCUCUGGGAGUGUCUCGUCGGAUGCAGGCAUCGGCUGGAUCAGCAGCUGGCCAGGCGAAGAGUCGAACAAGGGCUGAAACUGUACAGAGCCCACAAACAGCAGGCUGCUGUACGUAAAUGGAGCGGCGCUCUUAAGAACAUUCGACAACGCGACGACAAGUUCACUCUGCUCGGAUACUUGUAUCAGGCCUACAUGGACUGGGGUAAAUACAGGGAAAGUAUCGACUUCGCUCACAAACAGUUAUGCAUUUCCGAAGAACUCGACUCUCCAAACAUGAGGGCUGAAGCCUAUCUGAAUCUAGCCAGAGCUCACGAGAGGUUGGGAGCGUUGGACAGAGCUCUCGCCUACGCAAGACACAGCCUGUUACACGAAUGCGAUCAGUGCGCGACCGCUGGUCUGGUGCAUCUGACCGUGGCCAGGGUCCACUUGGAACUGGCUGGAUUUUGCAAAGCUCUUGAGGCCUUCCAAAGAGCUCACAAAAUUGCUCAAUCUAUCCAAGACCCGUCGCUGGAGCUUCAGGUGUACGUCGGGCUUUCGGAACUUUUCAGCAGACUUCAAGACGCCGACAAGAGCGCGAGAUACGCGGCAAAGGCGUACGAUUUAUCAAGGAGCUUACAGCUGGGAGAUUUAAAUUCCAGGCACCACAGAGCAGCCCUUUUGCAAAUGGCUGCUGCUCUGCGAAAGCAGGGAGAACUAGGCGACGCUCACGAUUAUUGCUCGGAAGCCACGAGACUCUCCGUCGUAUCCGGGGACCAGGCGAGCUACGCCCGCAGCAUACGGAUAAUGGGAGAUAUUUACAGAAAAAAGUCUGACAUAAACAAGGCGUUUCGACAGUACGAAAGCGCAAUGGGCUCUGCUGCAAGCACUGGCGACCGUCUUUGCCAAAUGGAGGCGAUGGACGGGGCCGCAAGAUGCCUCGAAGCCCUCCGAAUGCAGCAUAAAAUUUGCAAUUGUCGUCCCCUCGAGUUCAACACGAGGCUCUUGGAAGUGGCUGGCUCGGUUGGCGCGAAGCUACUCGUGAGGACGGUGAGGUCAAGACUGUCGCGAAUUUACGGUUCGCUCGGUGACGAGGAGCAGAGAGGACAUCACGAGCGAUUGGCCGCAGCCAUGGAAGAGGACCUGGAGCUUCGAUGCGGAGGAUGCAGCGAGCCCUUCGGUCUGGAGGCCGAUUCUCUGGAGGCUUUGCCGUGCUCGCACAUCCUCCACGCGAGGUGCGCCCACGACAUACUGAAGAAGCGGGACAAGAAGAAGAAGAGAUUCUGCCCGGACUGCCACAAAUCGGUCAGCUCUCGGCUCUACCUCCACUGCGAAGACCCCCAUGGACUGAACCACAGUUCGCUGAGUCUUGCCUCGCUCAGAGCCAGCAGCUUGGCUACUUUGGAAGAUUGUCACGCGACCAGCAGCGUCUGACCUGAUAACGCCUCAUCCUCCGGACGCAGUUAACGACUCGAUUGAAUUCAAUUGCCUCGACAUGGAAGACUGUUAUCGGGGAUUCGUCAGGGACUGACCUGCAUUUCUUUCCAGUUAUAAUGAGGGAUGAGUGAAUGUCUACUUUCGUGUGGCGGUAAAAUAUUCCGACAAGAUGACGGAAACUUUUGUAAUUGCUAGGUAUAACUGAAGUUUAGUAUUCGGAAUGCGAUUGCUCCGCGUAUCUUCGUUGCCGGUUGAUAAUACACAUUGGCGAAAAUAAUUCCGAGCUGCAAAAUGAAACUUCGGGGCUGAAGUGUACAGGAAGGAAUUUAACCCCGUUACGAAAUUAAUCCAGAAGUGAAUGGUAUUGCUGUUUUUACUCGAAUUACUGCGCAGAGUUCGCUGGGGGUUGGCUCGGGUCCUCGACUAAAUCAUUGACUAAAUCAGAACACGAGUUUACUGCAAUGCGGUCCAGCGUUGCCCAAACCGUGGAACUCCGAGAGUCCUCAAAUGAACGAACCCACCUAACUUUGUUACAUAUAUGAAUCACAAAGCUCGCCGUCCCCUAAACUCAUAUUAUAUCCACUAGCUUAUGCGCAUUCGUUUGUACGUUUCAGCGUGUACGGCGAUUUAUACAGAGGCAAGAAAAUCCGAUUCAAGUUCAAGUGUAUUAUUAAUACGCUGAAACUUUUGGCGCGGGAUUGAACAGGUCUUGAGUUUGUAAAUUUUAAUCUGGAAAUAAAUUAAUUAACACUGUUUACUCGGCUGACGACUGAAACGAGGGAGCGCGCAAAUUUGGAUUUUAAAUGGAGAAUUCGUCCACUCAUACCUGCGUGAAAACUGGUUGAAGAUAUUCUUAGCACGAAAGUUUGUAUGCUUUGAAAUAAUAUUUAAUUGAGAUUCCGCAGAAAAACUUCAAUUUUCUCCACCUCGCUUUCAGUUCCUUCGAACGGACAAGAAAGAACAAAUACGUUGCCAAAAAAUAUUGAAACACGAAUGUAUUAUCAAUAAUAUAAAUAUUAGGGUGGAGAUCGAAAGAG